AUGCCUUCCACCGCGACUGUCCGCAAGGUGUAUCGCGCGGAUGAACAGUCCAACCAUACGCUCUUGAGCGAGCAGGAGAGGGCACGGUUGAUCAAGUCCCAUCUGCCUCCUGUUAACGAUAGCCCGCCCGUUUCGAAGAAGAACAAGCAACAAAAGUCGCACCUUGGCGUGCGCCGCUUCCUGAAGAAUGCGCUCUUCGUCGUCGUCUUUGCCAUCAUGCAUGGCAUCUUCUCCCUCUACAUCCGUCUCCGACAGGCUUGGAACAUUGUGCGCUACCAAAUAUCAUCUGUUCUGUACUAUCACCACGGUACUCCUGAAUACAUUCGCAGGGACGUCAGUGGACUUCCGAAGAAGCCGAAUCACCUCAGCGCCGUUCUGCGCGCUGAGGAGGACAAGCGACCCAAGGCUGACCUUGAGCGACUGAUUGACGAGGCAGCUGAGCUGGCUACUUGGACUGCCUGCGCCGAGAUCCCGACACUUUCCAUUUACGAGAAGACUGGAAUUCUCAAGAAGCACAUGCCUCGCGUCUACGAGUCCAUCCUCGCCAAAUUCACCCUCUACUUCGGAACACAACACCCGUCUCUUUCUGUUACGUCACCUCACCGUGAAGCUAUCGCUACUCCCGCUUCAAUGAGUGCCAACCCCGCCGGUCAACUGCGAGUUCACCUGAUUUCUGCCCAAGACGGCCGCGAGUCUGUUGUCGACCUCACCCGAACUCUCGCGGACAUGUCCCAGAAGGGCAAGCUGUCGCCUCGCGAUAUCUCCAUGGAUCUGAUCGAUGCUGAACUGUCGGAGGGUAUCAUGCCUGAGCCGGACCUUUUGAUUCUCUUCAGCCCCUAUGUCGAGCUCUCCGGCUACCCCCCCUGGCAGAUUCGUCUCACCGAGAUUUUCUGCCUCCAGGACAACGAGUCCUUUGGCUACCAAGUCUUCGUCAAGGCUCUCCGCAACUUCUCGAGCGCCCAAUUCCGCCGCGGAAAAUAG